UUAUAUUAUCUGCAUCCUUCUAUAAAAAUACGAAUCACUACACUAAUUGAUGGCCGAUGGUUACUCCGCUGAAAGCUGAGGUCCUCCCCUCCCCUCCUACUCUAUCCAAAACCAGUUCCCCCGGCUUCUCAUUUCUCUCUGCCUCACCACCAGGAUAUGAUGAGCAGUAUAUCGAGCCACCAUUGUAAUUGCUCACUAGGAUUUCAGGAGAAUCUUCUCAGAGGAAGAUUUAGUAAAACUCCAUGUCCAGGAUACUCUGGUCCAUUUCCUCCUUCCAGAGGAUUGGAAAAACUAGUUUUUAUCCAUGGCCAAUGCCUUGGUCGUAGAUAUUGUCAAGGUGUUAAGAAAUACAGGCCGGCCUUAUCCAGUAUGGUGGAUGAUGGCAUGGAUCCAGAUAACUCAAAAGAUGGGAAUAAUGACAAAGAAUCUACAAAAGGCGAAACUGGAGGAGUGAACAACGAAAUACUUCGAGAGAAUCUCGAAAGAAUAGUUGGAACAGAUGAUUCGGCCUUUAGUGGGAUAGACCUUGCAACCCUUAUUAGGAACAAGUAUGGGAGGUCUUAUGAUGUUCAACUGAUAAAGAAGGAGUUCAUGGGAAGAAAUCUUCUUGCUUUGAAUGUGAUGUGGAAGUACGUGGAGCAGAGAUCCUUUCCGCUGACUGAAGAGGAGUAUCUUCUGAGGCUUGAUGAUGUGGCAAACAUGUUGAGAUGUUGGGGAGCUGUCUCACAUAUUCGAAACAGCCUAGCUAAGUUGAAAGAGCGGCCUCGGAUAGGAAAGGCAGUUAGCAUUUUUAUAGACAUGGAUGAGUCAGGAGGCCGUGCAGAUGAAUGGAUCUACAAGUAGACAGCUCAAAGGAGAGAGUGUUUAUGACGAGGGAGGAACCAUACCCACCAACACAACAUCCUUGGCCAUUAUCGUAAGGUUCUGACAGCGGUAGGGCACAAGGAAAAUUGGUGCCUUGAGAUUCCAAUUUGUUUAUCAUUCCAUAUAUACCAUGGUGGCAUAUGAACCCUCCGUAGAUUCUAUCAUAGCGAAACCUCUCUUUACAUGUAAGAGGAAUAGAGGAUGCUCAUCUUUUGAUCUAUGCACUUCUUACCUCACUCCAUGUAAAUAUAGAAGUUUGUUAUGAUGCAUGUAGACUGGACACCCUUUUUCACGUUACAAGGUAAGAUACAUACACAUCAGAGGUAUUUGACAGCU